UCUUGAAAGAUCAUUCUUCUCACGGCAUAAUCACACAACCGCCAUCAUGCAUCCCUCACGACAAGCCUACGUAGAGGAGGCAGAGCCUGAGAGGCGUCGCGUCCUUCUCAAACAGGAACCUGGCAGCUGAUGGAUCUGGUGACACUUUCAGGACAUCGGCAUUGACCUGGCAAACGUGCCCCUCGACCGCGACUAUGACAUGCCUUCUGCGACAGCGGGCAUUGCCCCCGAGCGUGCGAGCGCGAUUCUUUCGCAGUUUGAUAGGAAGAGGAAGGCUGCGGCGAUAGCGGUGCCGACUGAUGACGGACGGGUGCGUGCUCGAUUGCGGGAGAUGGGAGAGCCGGUUACGUUGUUCGGGGAAGGGCCUGGCGAUCGCAGAGACAGGUUGAGAGAGUUGCUCGCGAUUCAAGCCGAGAUUGAUGCAGCGGAAGAUGAGGAAGGAGAUGCUCGGAUGCAUGAUGCGGCUGAGCAAGGUGAGAACGAGCAGGAAGAGGAGUUUUAUACCAAGGGCAUACAAGAGUUGGUCGAGGCGAGGAAGGACAUCGCAAGAUAUUCGCUGCCAAGGGCAAAGAGGAGAUUGGCGAGUCAGAAGAUCGAGUCCGCGAUACAAUUGCGGACGCAUGUCAAGUUUAGGAAAGGGAUCAAGGAGCGCUUGGGAGGAUUCGAGCUUCAGGGCAGUCAGACAGCUGGUGAGAGACCGGUCAGCAUGACAAGGUUCUCGCCAAAUGGGGAGAUCAUUGCUGCUGGAAACUGGGGAGGAGGUAUUAAGCUACUGAACGUUCCCGUCAUGGACGAAAUCCGGACUUUACGAGGACACACGGAUCGAAUAGGUGGUAUAUCUUGGUUUCCAGACGCAACGCUGCCAGGGACAACUGUCUCUCCAGAUUCGGUCAACCUAGCAUCGGGCGGCGCAGAAGGCAAUAUCCAUCUCUGGUCUCUGAACCAAGAUACACCCAUCUCUACCUUGGCAGGCCAUAACCAGCGCGUCUGCCGGGUCGAAUUCCACCCUUCAGGACGCUACCUCGCCUCAGCAUCCGAAGAUACGACCUGGCGCCUCUGGGACGUCAACACGACCACCGAGCUUCUCCUACAGGAAGGCCAUUCUCGCGGAGUUUUUGCUCUAGCUUUCAACACAGACGGCUCUCUAUUAGCAAGUGCAGGAAUGGACAGUAUCGGCCGUAUCUGGGAUCUCCGAACCGGAAGAACUGUUAUGAUUCUCGAGGGGCACAUCCGACCUAUCUACGCCCUAGACUGGGGCGUCGAUGGUCAUCGUGUCCUCUCGGGUUCAGGAGACGGUUGGAUCAAGUGCUGGGAUGUACGGAAAGUCGCACCAGCUGGUGGGAUAGGAGCACAUAAGAGCGUCGUCUCUGACCUGAGAUGGUACAAAGGAAUCGAUGAUCCUGCGGAAGGAAUAGUUCCCGAACUUGAUGAGCAGGGGGCGAGAAGACCGAAGAAAGCGGGUACAUUUUUCGUGUCUGGUGGGUUCGAUAAGAACGUCAAUGUGUUUUCAGCGGAUGAUUGGAGUUUGGUGCAGAGUUUAAGUGGGCAUACGGGGAACGUGCACAGCGUGGACGUCACGAGAGAUGCUAAAUGGAUUUGUAGUGGAGGUUAUGAUCGUACGGUCAAGCUUUGGGGCAGGAACGAUGCGGAGGAGCUUUGAAGGAAAUUGCUUUUGGCAUUGUACGGGACAUAGUAAGGGAUUUGGGUGGUUUAGAGAGGAGCAAUAUACCACCAUGAUCAUUGAUCAUCACCCUUAUUCUCAUUUUGUCUGAACAUUUGGCACUGUUGACUCAUGUCUUGCAGUGCUCUCAUCCUCUCAGUUUUCCCCUUCAGCCCAAAGGCUAAAGGUUUUGUUGCAAGUUUCCCGUUUAUGUAGAAACUAUUGAACCUCAGUC